GCCGAAUACACACAAGCCAGGCGACUGGUCUGGCCUGCCUGUCUGCAAGCCUUCCUCCUAGAAGUCUGCGAUCCCUUUGAACUAUGGGAGACCUACCACCCGACCCUGAGCCCCCUCCUCAGCCGACCUCCAGCCGUAGGAAUUCCCAGGUCUCCGAGCGGCGGCGCAGUCGGGAACACUCUAGGCCCCAGCCCACAGUCCCUGAAGAGGUGCAGCAGGUACCGCUUGACGCUCAGAUCCUGCGCAGCAGUCGGGAGAUGGUGUCGAACCAGAUCAACCGGGGCUGGUCACAAGGGGCCAGUCUGACCCCAAAUGAGAACUUUAUUUUUCAGGCCGAGGAAGCCCAGCGGGGGGGCAUUGAAUACCCUUCCCUGAAUACGGGCUUUCCCUCAGAGGUACAGCCCCAAACUUACCCGAGUGAAGGCAGGCUCCAGGCCAGCCACAACGCCAGCCUAAUGCUGCAGCAGCUACAGCAGGGCAAAGGCAACCUAUUCCAGCAACUGGAGUCUGCCUACCAGGAGCCCCGGGCUGACCUCUUGGGCCAGUACACCGGGUACCAGAGAGAAGACCUGCAGUUCAGCCAGGGCACCCAGCAUGGGCCCUACCUACGGGAUGACCCUGCGCUCCAGUUCUCGCCCUCUGAGCUGGGCUUCAUGCCCUUCAAUGUGGAGGUGCGUGAGCCAGACCCUCGAGAGCUGGCCGUGCAGAACGCCAAGGCCUACCUGCUGCAGACCAGCGUCAAUUGCGACCUCAGCCUGUAUGAGCACCUGGUGAACCUGCUGACCAAGAUCCUGAACCAGCGGCCCGAGGACCCCUUGUUCCUCCUGGAGUCGCUGAACCGCACCACUCAGUGGGAGUGGUUCCACCCCAAGUUGGACACGCUUCGAGACGACCCGGAGAUGCAGACCACCUAUGAGAUGGCCGAGAGGCACAAGGCGCUGUUCAGCCAGAGCGGCGGCGGCGAGGGCGAACAGGAGAUGGAGGAGGAGGUGGCAGAGACGGCCGUGCCCAACAUCAUGGAGAAGGCCUUCUACUUCGAACAGGCCGGCGUGGGCCUGAGCUCAGACGAAAGUUUCCGCAUCUUCCUGGCCCUGAAGCAGCUAGUGGAGCAGUGGCCCGUCCACACCUGCCGCUUCUGGGGCAAGAUCCUGGGGCUCCAUCGCAGCUACCUGGUGGCUGAGGUGGAAUUCCGGGAGGGCGAGGAGGAGGUGGAGGAGGAGGAGGUGGAGGAGGUGAUGGAGGGCGGCGAGGUCAUGGAGGCGCACGGCGAGGAGGAGGGCGAGGAGGACGAGGAGAAGGUCACCGACGUCAUCCCCAAGCCCACGUGGAAGCCGCCGCCCGUCGUCCCCAAGGAAGAGAGCCGAAACGGCGCCAACAAGUACCUGUAUUUCGUGUGCAACGAGCCGGGCCGGCCGUGGGUGAGGCUGCCCCACGUCACGCCGAUCCAGAUCGUGCAGGCCCGCAAGAUCAAGAAGUUCUUCACUGGCUUCCUGGAUGCGCCGGUCAUCAGCUACCCGCCCUUCCCGGGCAACGAGGCCAACUACCUGCGGGCCCAGAUCGCCCGUAUCUCGGCCGCCACACACAUCAGCCCCCUCGGCUUCUACCAGUUCGGCGAGGAGGAGGGCGACGAGGAGGAGGAGGGCGGUGCCGGGCGCGACUCUUACGAGGAGAACCCCGACUUCGAGGGCAUCCCGGUCCUCGAGCUGGUGGACUCCAUGGCCAACUGGGUGCAUCAUACGCAGCACAUCCUGCCACAGGGCCGCUGCACUUGGGUGAACCCUUUGCAGAAGACGGAGGAGGAGGAGGAGCUGGGGGAGGAGGAAGAGAAGGCAGAUGAGGGAAUAGAGGAGGUGGAGCAGGAGGUCGGGCCCCCGCUGCUGACGCCACUCUCAGAAGAUGCAGAAAUCAUGCACAUGUCACCCUGGACCGCCCGCCUGUCCUGCAGCCUCAGCCCGCAGUACUCCGUGGCUGUCGUGCGCUCCAAUCUCUGGCCAGGGGCCUAUGCCUACGCCAGUGGCAAAAGCAUGGAAGAGGUAUGCUUGCUUUUGCCAGCGCCCUUCUUCUGGCCACACCCUAACUUGCCAGCAUCCCUCUGAAAGCAAAGGAUCCAAACUUGGAGCUCCACUCACCCACCCAUCCUCCAACCCCCACUUACCCAACCACCCAUCCACCCUCCCAUCCACCACCCAACGAUGCAUCCAUCUCGCCACUUUUUUUCUUUAUAAAAGAUUCUUGAAUGUCACCGUUUACCAGCUGUACGCUGGGCCCCAAGUACUUUGUUGAAAAAGCAGAUAUGGAUCCUACUCUGGGAGCAGGCAGAGGAAGCAUAGGUGUUAGAUGUACAUCAAGCCUCACCCUCCCUCACCCCCUUACCCCCAUGAAAUAUCCUGUUACAAACUAAGAGAAGUACCACUGGGGAGAGUGGAGGGACCAAUGGCAGCUCAUACCUGUCAUGUCUUGAGGGGAUCAAGGAAGGAUUCCUGGGAAAAGCAGCCUUGAUCGGAAAUCUUUGGGGGAAAAAAAGAAGUAACUAGGGGAAAAGCAGGCAGAAGGACAUUCUAGACCAGAGCUUCCCAAACUGUGAGUGGGUAGGACUCACCAGGGGCUCUGGUUAAAGCUCAGGUUCUGGUCGCCUGGGUCUGGGUUGGAGCACAAGACUCUGCCUUCCUAGCAAGCACAACCUCCUGGGUGAGGCUGCUGGUUCCUGGACCCCAGGAACCAGGGCUGGCAGAGGUCAGGGGCUUCCAAGGAAGCAGUGUAUUUGAAGGCUCCGAGGAAGACCCGGAGGAAAAUGAUUCUCGAGGGAAAAACAAGGCUAUGAAAAUAAGGUCAAAUCCAAACUGCUCCCCGUGGCAAACUCUCUGCCUCUCUCCCUGUCUCUUAGUCCGCUCCCUUUCCCCCCAUCUACUCCUCUUUCCUUCUCCCAUUAAAAUUCUGGGGAGAGGUGAAUUGGUGGGCCUGGGAUGCAACCAAUUAUGCCCUUGUUUAUUAUCAGUCUCCUCUCUCUAGAAUGUAGGCACCACAGCAGGAGUUCUUG